GGUGAGAAAAUAGCUACAAGAAGUGGAGAAACUCAGCCAUGUCCAGACUACCUGUGAAGUGCCGUGAAUGAGGCAGACUGAAAGCUUUAUCUGGAAAUAUCCCUGGAUGACAUAAUUAAUUGGCAUGCUCUUCUCAUUUAAAAAGGCAGGAUUCAAAGUUCAUAUUUUGUUGUAGCUCAUGUUAGUAUUCACUGCCUUCUUGUGAUGCAGUAUAAUUAACAGCAAUUACUUAUGCUGGACUUCAGUGCUUUACUGCCCAAAAAUUUCAGUUACAACAAACUGGAGAUGCUAAGAUUAGUUGUUUUAUUAUUACUACAAUUAUAGUCCACCUUUUUCCCCUCUUGCAAGGCAGUUUCCACAAUCUUUCUCUGCAUUUCAUCUUCACAGGACCCUUGUGAGGUAGGUUAGGCUGAGAGUAGGUGGCUGACCCAAAGUUUCCCAUUGAGCUCUAAAUCUUGGUCUUGCACUCUAACCAGUUGUGCGGUCUAUAUAAAUUAGAUCUCACCUGUACAAGGCACUCUUCCUCUAGCUCAGUGGAGAGUUCUUUGAAAUGUGGCAUGACCUUCCUAGGAGAGUCCAGUUAGAUUCAGUUCUGCUAAUGGUUCCUCUGUACUUCAAGGAUUCCUUACCUUGAUUUACAUUCACUCAGCCCAAUGUGGUGCUGUCCCAUCUGAGCUUAUUUGGUAGCUCUAAGCCAGCUCAUAGGCCAUGUGCCUUAAAAUACUUCAGAAUUUGCCAUGCACAAGUGGAAGUGAGUAAGUAAACAGGCUGCUUCCUGAGCCCUUUCCCGCUUUUAUUCAAUAGCCUGUGAUCAGCCAGAUUGUAUGUUGUUAGCAUGACAGGGGAACCCAGAGCACUAGGUUAAACAACCUGGGUUCCCAUGCCAUCUUCAACACCCUAUAACCAGAUAGAACAUAAGUUGUUGAUUAAAACCACAAGUGAUUGAUGCACUGCAGCAGCAAAAAUGUUCUCACUUAUGCCUGGCAAGUUGUGGGGUAGCUGUUAUGAGGAUAAGAUUGAGAGGAGGAGGAGGAGGAGAAUUAUGUAAGCAGCCUUGGAUUGCUUGGAAGAAAAAACAGGCAGGAUACAAAUAUAAUAAAUUCUGUAAAGCAGUGGCUUUAUGAAAGUUCUGUGUACUGCUACCAUAAUUUUCCAGCUAUCAGUGAUUGAGAGAUAGGUGAUACAGCCACCAUGUGAAUCAGCAGUUGUCUACUUAUUGGGUGGACCUGGUGCUUUCACCCAGUCCAGCACUUUGGGAGCUACGAGUAUAUGUGUGAGUAGAACCUGAGGCUCUAGCUAGGGUGUGUGUGUGUAAGUGGAUUAUUUAUUUCUAGCCCACCUUAGGGCAAGCCCUGAAGAGGUGACAUUAAAAUAAAGCACCUUAAAAAUAACAUGAACACAUUAGGUAAAAUCUUAAAGGAGGUCAGAAAAAAACUCAAACAAUGCUUAGUAUAUUUUUUUAACUUGGUAUGGUGCUCUGCUUAAAGGUCAUGUAUGCAGAACCCAGCAGAGUUCUCAGCAUUCUACAAGUAUAGGACCAUCACUGAAAAUUUCCUGUCCCUGGAUCCUGCUAUCUUAGAUCAAGUUUAGGCAUGGGGCAAAGAAUAGGGCCUGUGAGACCAGUUGUGGAGCUGGGCAGGGUCAUAUGGGUGAUGACCCUUAAAGAGGCCUGAUCCUAAGCAGGCCAGAUUUUUAUAGGUUACUAUUGGCACUACAAAGUAAGCCUGAAAACUGAUGGAUAACAGGUGCAACAGCUACAAAAUUGGUUGAAUUGCCUAUCCCACUCAAACAUUUUGGUGGCUGAAUUUUCCACCAGCUUGUUUUCAGAUUCUUUUAAAAACAGCCCAACCUGUGGAGAGCAUUAAUCAAGAUCUAAGCAAUAACUGAGGCUAGUUUUUGCAUUUGCUUCUGUUUAAUCAUUAUUGUCCAUUUCUUCUUAAUGUACUGUGUCUUUACGCUAGUGAUUUAAUGAGUUACAUUCUACUUCAGAAAGAAAAAUAAAUUAUGUAGUAAACCAUCUACUAAACUGAGAGAGAGAUGUUCUUAACUGUUGUAUAUUUAUAUCCAUGAGUAGGCUGUUUUACUUGGGCAAAAUUAUUGCUUCAAAGUAUGUUUCCAAACAAACAAACAAAUGCCUAAUAAUUAUGGAAAGUUGUAAAAUUGUUACGUCAACAAUCUCCUGCUUAUGCCACCAGGUGGUGCAAAUUGAUCAUUCUAAUUGUAGUAGGCAGUUUAAGGAGCAAGGCUGAUUUUGUGGGUUAGAAACGAGAGAAAGGUGUGAUGGAGAAUUGAUAGGACAUUAAAGCAAAGCACCACCACCCUAACGGGCUUCUCUGGCUCGGUCUCCCAAAAGACAGCGUUGAUUCCGCCCCGUAGGAAAGGAGGCGGGAGGUCUGUGACAGCUCCGCCCCGAGGUCCAUCCUCUGGACGCCGGGUGGGCGGAAGAGCCGCUGGUUGUGUCGCGAAGCCGGACACACGCUGUUCUCUGCCUGGAGGUCUCUGCAGCCGGGAGGAGCCCGACUCUGGUUCUGCUAAAUAGCGAGCCCCGCCACCUCGUUGAUCUGGGCUCCCUCGCGGCUCCUUCACCUGCGCCCCAGAUGGCUUCUGUAACAGAUACCAGAUUUGGACACAAGGAUGCUUCUGACCAGAACUUUGAUUAUAUGUUCAAACUCCUGAUUAUUGGCAACAGCAGCGUGGGCAAGACAUCCUUCCUCUUUAGAUAUGCCGACAACACUUUCACUCCAGCCUUUGUCAGUACAGUGGGAAUUGAUUUCAAAGUGAAGACUGUUUACAGGAAUGACAAGAGGGUAAAACUACAGAUCUGGGACACUGCUGGACAAGAAAGGUACAGGACCAUCACUACUGCCUAUUACCGAGGAGCCAUGGGAUUCAUCCUUAUGUAUGAUAUUACUUGUGAAGAGUCCUUCAAUGCUGUUCAGGACUGGGCUACUCAAAUAAAGACCUACUCCUGGGAUAAUGCACAAGUCAUUCUGGUUGGAAACAAAUGCGAUAUGGAGGAUGAGAGAAUAAUUCCAAUCGAAAAAGGAAAACAUCUGGCUGAUCAGUUAGGUUUUGAUUAUUUUGAAGCUAGUGCCAAGGAGAACAUCAACGUGAGACAGGUCUUUGAGCGCCUUGUCAACAACAUCUGUGAAAAAAUGUCAGAGAGCAUGGAUUCAGAAGCUUCUAGGACUACUGCUGGGAAGAAUGUACGUCUUACAUACAACCCACCCCCACUGCAGCAGAAAUGUUCCUGUUAGGGCCUUAAAACCUCUAAGAACGCUCUUGAGGGUAAUAAUUAUUUACAGUCUUUAGAAAGAGAUGUUUUAGUGCUAGUGGAGUUGGUUACUUUUAUUUGAUGUCCCCCAAAUCUGUUUUCACUUUUACUAAUAGAAUAUAAAACAGUGUCAAGUGUAUUUAGUGUUCCAGUGAAAUGUUUUGCUAAGUAUUUUAUAUAUAGUCUCACAUAGUUUCUGAUGUUUCUUUUAUUUUGCUACUGGCCAGAUCAUCUAAACUCACACACAAUUCUGACUAUCCUAAUAAGAAUCCACUGUUAUCUACUGUUUAAUGUUAUGAUCCAAGGUGCAGUUUGAAGCUCCUAACAAAACAGAACAGUGUGAAGGAGAAUUGGGAAGGAUUCAGUGACGCCUGUAUGCUAGUGCAAUGUAUGCUAUUAUGAUAGCUUUGGCUAUUGCACAGUAUAGAAAUAUAAUUAAUAUUAAAAUAAUAACAGAAACCAAUGCCAAUGUAGCAAUCUAGUGCAAUGUCAGUAGCACUUCCUGUGCAAUAAAAAUUGUCACACACGAGGGUUAUGCAAGUUGGUUUCUGUUAGCACAAAUAAAUAACCUAGCAGCCAGGCACCAUUGGAUCUUUUAUAGAAUUUCCAGAUUCUUUAGGAGAUAGACAAACAACAGCAGUGUAUUAUGUGCAAACCUCUUUGGUUUCUGUGCCUCCUAAGGAAUUAUAUAGCUAGAACACACUUUGAACUCAUUUAGAUUUGUACCCUCCAUUGAUGCAAAGCCCUCUGCCAGCCAGAUUAACAUAUGCAAAAGUAAAUGUUAUCAGGGUGAACAUGAAAAUUGCCAGAAUGUCUGUAAGGCAAUAAAAGGUAAUGAACACCAGGAGUGGGUCAUUGAAACAUUUGAUGUGCCCAACUUUUAUAAUCCUUAAGUUGCAAUCCAAGAUGGAUAAAAAUCAUUUUUUAAAAAAAUAAGAAUUAGAUUUUUUUUAAAAAAUGCUUAUUUAGGAAAAAUCUAGCUAAGGAUAGUUUCCAUUUAAGAUACAUUAUAGUUCAAACAUUAUUCUCCAUGAAAUAAGGAUCAGUUUUUAAUUAUGUAGCAUGAGGCUGUAUAUUCAUGAGAUGUUUAAUUUUUUUGGUAAAUGAAUUCCAUUAAUCCAUUCACAAUGUCGUACUCUUCCAGAGGUUUGUGAAAGAUUAACGAAUGAACACAUGUGUGAAUUCAGAAGGGCAGCAUUCCUAUAUUAUGAGCAGAAAAUUAUUUGUGUUGCUUUAUUUUUUUUACCCAGUUUGUUAGCCUCUUUUUAUCACCUCUGCUCUCUUCUUGCUCUGUACCAGCACUUGCCUCUCUGGACAAUGAGGGUUGGACAAUGUAUGAUCCUCCAGAUGUUUUGGACCACAACCCCUGAGCCAAUAUAGCCAGUAAUGAAGAUUGCCACAAGUUGUGGGCCAACAAAGUCUGGAGGCUCAUUUUUCUUCAAAACACUUUUGCCAACUUUCUUUUUUCUUAUAUUCCACAGCAUACACAAUCUUCUAUGUGACCCACCACAGAUUAACAGCACCUCAUUUUGGCUCCCACAUUUUUCUUCGUUUGGCCUUUCUGUUUUGGAUCUGUGACUUCCCCCACAUACCCAACACAGUUUGUAGUCCUCCUUCCUGUGUUUGGUUUCAACAGUGAACAAGCAUUUCAUUUGCUCAACUAGUCACACAUUGAGGAAGCCAGUGCCAACUCUACCACAUGCUUCUGAAACUGUGGGAGGUGAGCAAAGCAGACAUUCUUCUACUCUCACCUUUCAUGGCCUUGGACUAGACUUUGGGAGUUCCAUAAAGAAAAGGAUUCCAACAAUGGGCAUUUUGAACUGUCCCAGGACUUAGGUUAGGCAUUCGUGCUGUAAAGCCGCCUUCCCCAACCUGGCGGCCUUCAGAAGCAUUUGGACCACAACUCCCAGAAUUCUCAUCCAGCAGAGCCACUGACUGGGAGUUCUGGGUGUUGCAGUCGAAACAUGUCUGGAAGGUGAAAGGUUGGGGAAGGGUGCUCUAAAGUAAGGAUUUUCAUUAGCUCAAGAAACCUCCAAAGUCAACAUGGUUAAACAAAUGCUGUGGAUAUCUAACUAGUUACUGAACAGGUAUCUCACCACUGAUCACAAUAUAUUUUGGGGACACCCCCCAUGUAAGAAUGGCCAUUUUAGAAGCUUUGUACCUAUGCAAAGGAGCACUGGCUAGCUUCAGAAAUGGAGAUCUGAAAAGUUCCUUUUUCUGCAUAUUAUAUACUUUAGAUUCUGGUCCUUGGUUAUGCAGUAUUUAAUUUUAACAGUGAAAUAUAACACUUUUUCCACUUGCCUAUUUACGCUGUUCCAUUAUAUUACAGUACCACAUAGAAGGAAAGUAGUGGAAAAGCAGGAAAAGAAUCACUCCUAAUGAAGUGUUUGGAUCUCAGUAAUGUAAAUGGAGCAGUGCAGGAAAACCAGGGUGACAAUUCUGGAAAAAAGCUGCACUGUCUGCUAAAUAAGGCAAAUAUUUUAAAUUUUCCUGUCAGUAUCCCCUCCUCUUAGCCAAGUUCAGGAACAAGUUCUUUGCAGUCUGCAAGUUCAGCCACUUGAAACUUGCUCUUGGCAAUUCUACUAUAGAGAGACAAUUUCAACCCUCUGGUGAAAAUCCAGAGAUACCCACACCCUUUUCGUGGUCCUACUCCCUUUCCACUAACUAACCUUUUGUUUCCUGGCAUUUGUGCAUCCCCCCUCCAUCCUAACAAAUUGAAAUGCCUCUCCUGAGAUUUAGUUAUUGGCAUUAAGACCUUUAGACUAAAAUAUGCUAGUAGUUUUGCUGAAUCCACCAAUGGAAUACAGCCCCCUAGCUUCUCUGAAAUGAAGUUAGGACCUCCGGCGAAAAGAGGUCCUGCACCCCUGUUGUGCAGAGUUACUUGGGCAUCAGCCCCUUUGAACCUGGGAUUUACAUCCAAGUUGACAUGCAUAAGGUUGCAUUCCAAAGGGUGUAUUCUACUCUAUUCUGAGUAGAGAAAAAUACAACUCUACUCAGCCAUUCUUAUCUUAGUAUACACAAAUAGGAAUCACACUGUUCAUUUUUGCACUGUCAGUUACUUCAGCUCAGUAGCAAUAGCAAAUGUGAAAGUAAUUUAAAAUGCUUUUUGUAGAGAAUUGGGAUUGUUCUUAUUUUUGUCUUAAGGUUCUAUUUUUGUGUGUACUUAUGAGCUGCUGUUUACAAGGCACUGUUUGUGUAGUGCUUAAAGUGUAUAUAUUGUUCCUAAUUAUAAGAUGCUGACAAAAUAAAGGAUACUAUUUAGUA